AUGUGCAGACAUGAAAUGUAUAUGUGGGGCUGCGAUGUUGUCAUGCUGUCUUUUCUUCUUUUUUCUUCUUUCUUCUUCUUAUAUAUUUAUUUAUUUUGCUUUUUUUUUUUGGCGCCUUGCACUGAAAUGCAUCCGAGAGGACCAACAGACAGACAGACAGACUUAUAUAUAUAUAUAGAGAGGAGGGAGAUGGUUGUUGUGAAGGGGGGCGGCACACCGUACACCAUUGGCAAUGGGCGGCAGAUGCCGUGGGAGGAGGUGCCGGAGAAAUUUAAGGAGAAGCUGCGGGAACAGACGGAGGUUGAGAAGUGUGUUGGGAUGCGUGCAGAGGCACAGGCGUGUAUCGAGGAACGCGGCUUUUGGGACCCGGCGUGCGUGGAUCUGACGGAGCGGUUUCACUUAUGCCAGUCAAUGGAACUCUCACGCGGGAUAAAUAAAUGGCAGGAGAAGGGCGGCGUCAACGAGAAGGAGGCAUGA